UCAGUUUACGGCUUCAAAUAACCGUUGUUGUAUUUAAACCUUCGGCCGUUAGUAUCGUCUAACCAACAUUACAGCUGGUGGCUAACCAACGAUAGCUGCAUGGGAGUUAAAGAGCUUGUUUUAACUGACGUAACAUGAGGUCCUUUGUUCGCUCCUUGAUCAACAUGUCAAGUCACAAUCCUUUGUUGAAGCUCGAGCAGCGAGCAGCUGAGGCUGACCAGAUCAUCGAGUACCUCAAACAGCAAGUCCAGCUGCUGAAGGAGAAAACCAUUGCCCAGACCAGUGUCAGAGAAGAGAAGAAACUGAUGGUGGAGAAUGCAAAACUAAAGAAUGACAUAGAGGAACUGAAAAAACAGCUGCUUGAAAAGGAGAAGAGGAGGGGAGUGCUGCAGGUGGCGAUGCCAUCAGGGGAGCCCACUGUUGAGUGCAGUUCGAAGCCCACCCCUCCCGAAUCCUCUGCUUCAGCACCCACUGCCUCCCCUGCUGCUGCUACCCAGACUCUCAAAGAAGAGGGUAAAAAGAAGAAACCAGAGAAAAAAGGAGGAGAGAAAGCAGAGAAAAAGGCAGCAGCCCCCACUCAAGAGGACGCCAAGGUGGACGUGUCUCGCUUAGACCUGCGUAUUGGACGCAUUAUCACAGCAGACAAGCAUCCAGAUGCCGACAGUCUCUAUGUGGAGCAGGUUGAUGUGGGAGAGGCUUUACCUAGAACAGUGGUCAGCGGGCUGGUCAAGCACAUACCUCUGGACCAGAUGCAGAACCGCAUGGCAGUCCUACUUUGUAACCUGAAGCCAGCCAAGAUGAGAGGGGUGGUGUCCCAGGCUAUGGUGAUGUGUGCCAGCUCACCAGACAAGGUUGAAAUCCUCGAUCCUCCAGGUGGAGCAGUACCAGGAGAAAGGGUUACUUUCCAGGGCUUCCCAGGUGAACCGGACAAAGAGCUGAACCCUAAAAAGAAGGUGUGGGAGCAGGUUCAGCCAGACCUGCGCACAGAUGGUCAGUGUGUUGCAACAUACAAAGGAGCUGCCUUUGAAGUCGCCGGCAAGGGUGUGUGCAAAGCUCAAACCAUGAGCAACAGUGGAAUCAAAUGAAAUGACAGAGGUGCUUGAAAUAGCUGAGUAUUUACUUGGCAGUGAUGGCGAUCAUGGUUUUGAGAAACAGGAUGAUGGUGAAUUCUAAUGAAUGCUUUGAAGUUGUUCAAUAAAGGGAUCUGAGAAUA